UUAUCAUAUUAAUAAAAUGAAACUGUGAAAUAAAAAUCAUUUAUUAUUAUUUUUUUAAAUUUUGUUUAGCAUUUAAAAAAAAUCGAAGCAAGAGUUAUUUUACAUUAAUGGAUUUGUAUUUUCGUACAUAAGUUUUUGUUUGGCUUUGUUUGUUGUUGUCUGUGCUAUAAUCUUAACAUGAGAUACACACUGAGUUAUUUCGUCGUGUUGCUAGGAUAUUUGCUUUUGGUGUAUAGUAGAGAUAUCGAUUUUGAAUAUUUAGAUGACGCGAUGCCAAAUUUUAUAGACAAUCAAAACAAUAACAUUUUAAAGAGUUUAAUUACCGAUAAUGACUAUGAUGAUGAUGACGAUGACAAAAGUGAAAGUGAACAUUAUAAUAAUUAUGAACGCUACGGGUAUGGCGACUUUAAAAGAGAUUUGAUUCGUGGCCCGAGUUUCAUACCAACAAUCGACAACGAUAGUGCGGCUUCGGAAUUAAUGAAAGAAGAAAACGACAUUGAAAAUGAAGCAGACGAUGAGCCUAAAAAAAUAUUUGAAAGAAAUACAAAUGGUAAAACCGCAAUCGAAAACACAAGCGAAGUGAGUGGAGAAACAGGCAAAAACAUACCUGAAAAUAUUUUAUCUUCUGACUCUCUUGCUUCGUCAUUUAAGAAAGACAUAUUAGACGAAAAUAAUAAUGUUGCUCAGAACACGACCAAAAAACAUAAAGUUCUUACACAAGCUGAAAAAGCACUCGUGUCUGAAAGUCUCAUUAACUUACUUUAUGAUUGGAAAAAACAUAACACACCUAAAACAGCUAAAAAUAAACGUAUUUACUCAGAAUUUACAUCAGCUAAUGAUUUAGAAAAUACAUAUACACCCGAAAAAUUAGAGACGAUAACAACUAACAUAUAUGCUUCUCCUCUUGUAGAUCAACAAAAUAAACCGGAAGACGAAACAAGUGCAUCUACAGAAAGUGCAUCAACGAUUCAUUCUGGAGUUGAAGAUGAAAAUACUUUUAAAAAAAAUAAAGAUUAUGCUAAUUUAAAUGAAGAGAUUUUGCCAUCUUCUCAAGAAAACACAGCUAAUGCAGUAAGUCAAGAAAAAGAAAGAUUUAAUGUGCUUGUUAAUGUAAAUAUAAAUGAAAGAGCAGCUCGAAGAUCGGACGUAGACAAGUAUUCUCAAAUAAGUGUUUCAGGUUCUCGAAGGUCAAAUGUUGAUCAUACUAACAAAUCUUUUCCUUUGCAAUAUUCUAGUUCUGGAAAUGAUCUAUUGCCUAUUCGAACCACGAACUUUCAAGAUAAAAGUCAUGGGACAAAAACUGCACACAAAGUUUUCGGUGAGCUUAAAAAAAUAACCAAAAGCAUAAAGACAAAAACUGAAGAUGAAGAGGACUCGGUAAGUGGUCUCGAUAACUCAGGUUUUUCUGGUGAAAUGCCAAACAAAACAUUAUCAAAUUCUGCAGAAAUUAAAACUGUUAAAUCAAGCGUUAAAAAAGUAAUACCAAAGAAAGAAUUGGAAGAAGAAGCAGACGAAGAAGAAAAAGAUGCUAGCAAAGAUGAAGCCGAUAAUUAUUCUGGUUCUGGUGAAAAAGAAGUAGAUGAUGAUGUAGUUAAAAAAUUAUCACAUUUUAAGAAGACAAAGGUUAUUGGAGGAAAAACUCCACAGAAAGUCAAAUCUACUCACAAAGUGGAUGGUAUUUCAAACCAACCUAUUAAACCUUUGUAUAAAAAAAAAGAUAGUUCAAAACAUGCAUCUGAUGAGGAAAAAGAAUCUUUAAAAGGAGAAACAACAACUGAUACAGUAAUUGCAAACAAAGUUGCUGCAGAUCGCGAAUCAAAAGAUAAUAAUUUGGAGCAGAAUGAUGUAAAGACAAGCAAAAAGAAGACUAAAGAAGAUUUCAAUGAUCUCAACAAAUUAAACACAGCAUCAUCAGGAGAGAUAAAAGAAGUUGUUGAUGAUGUUAAAUUUGCAAAAGCAAACAUUUCUGAGGCGGAAGACGUGCGAAUUGAACAGGUUAAAUCCCCUGCUCCUCUAAAAGCAAUCCCACUAGAAGCUGCAAUAGGAGCAAAUCAACCAGCUGCAAAAAUGCCAUCUGAAGUAAAAGAGGAAUCUGAAAAUGAAGAAAUUAUGUUUACAAAAAAAGAAAGAGAAGAGGAACUAAAAAAGUUAGAAAAAAAUACUGAAAAACUGAAAUCUUUGGAGAAAAAAAAGCCCGAGUCAGAAAAAAUAGAAAUGAAGAAAACGGAGCCAGACGAUAAAUACGAGACUUUAGCCGAAGUCAGAGAAAAGUUUAAGAAGUGGGAAAAUAAAAUAGAAAAUAAAAACAUUGAAAUUGCAGAAAAUCCGGAUGAGAUUGAAAAAGAAAAGCCAGAAAAGGUUGCUGGUAAAGCAGAAAACUUUGAAUUAGUUACUCAGGACAAGAGUCCAGAUGCAGAAACAAUUAAAGCAGCUGAAAAUGAGGCAAAGAAAAAUGUUGAAGAGAUAUCAAAUGUUAAAACAAAAGACAAAAGUGAAUUGGUUGCUACUGAUCUUAAAAAUGAAAUUAAAAAUUCAGUGAAAGAAAUACCUAAGACUGUAAGCCCCUCUGUAACUGUAAAUAAAAAUGUUUCACAACAGAAAAAUGAGAUUGUCGAGAACAAAGACAUUGAAUCCCAAACAGUAAUACCAAUUGGAGAGAGUAUUUUAAAAAUUGUACCAGACCAGGUUGUUGCUAAAACUAAUUCAGUUGUACCAAUAGUCCAGUCAUACCAAUCUUGGAAAGACGAGAAAAAAGUUAUUCUUAAGAAACUUAGAAACCCUUUUUCAGAAGAAAACAAAAAUGUACACAAACUAGAAGAGGACGAUGAUAAUGUGGAAGACGACGACGAAAAAGAACAGAAAAUAAAAAAUAUGGUUGAAGCAGACCAAGUGCCCAAAAUUAGUAAAAAGGAAAGGGCAAGAUUUUUGGCUGGUAUAAAUCGGCUCAAAGAAAAAGAACUGCUUAAAAAACAGAACCAGAAAAACGAAGAAAACAAUAAUAAUAACAACUCGGAUAAAGUUAUCAGUACAAGCGUAAUUGAAAAUGAAUCGAACCACAGCGCACAUGAAGCUGGACCUAUAGAAAAAGUUGGCACCAUCCAAGAUAAAGAUAGUCUUAAAAAACUGAUUGCUAGUCAAGUUGCUGACGACCUUAAAAACGACACAGCAUCUGUUAUGAACAUAAAAGCAAAUUCUCAAAGUCUGAAACAACUUCAACACUUUAAAAAUCAAAUUCUUUCAGAAGUUGAAAAAAUAAAUCGCUUAGAAGCGGAGUAUGGCGUAGAAGAUCACAGUACAAGAGAUCUUGAUGAAGCAAAAGAUGUACUCAAAAAGGAUUUAAAAGUAGUCAAAGAACUUGAAAAAACCCUAUUGAAAAAAACAAAAGCUAAAGAAAUUCCAAAGGUAAAAUCUUUUUCAAAAAAUCCUGAUAUUCAUCAAGAAAUAUAUUAUCAACCUACCUCUGUCAUGGAAGCGCAACAACUUCAGGCUGCUGCCAUAAAAGAGCAAGAAAAAGCUUCUGUUGCAAAAGAACAAGAAAAAGCGCAUGAUAAGCAAACUGCUUUGGAAUUAAAGCAAAAAGUUGAAACGGAUGAGUUUAAAUCAUCAACGAAAGAAGUUUUAGAAGAGGAAGAAGAUGCAGAAGUUAUUCCUGAAGCAAAAUUAGGAUUUGAACUGUCUAACGAAGAUGAAGAAGAAAAGGAAGACGAUGAUAAAAGUUUUGAAGAUAAAAAUGAAAGCAAAAAGAACCGAAAAAAUCGUAAAAAAAAACAUAGUAAAUCUCAGUCUAAAAAAAAAACUAAUAAAAGCUUGAAAAAUCACCAUCAUCAUCAUCCUCUUGCUGAGCUUCAUAGUUUGUUAAAAGCCGAAAUUCGACGACUACGACUGCCAAAUAGAGGGCGUAAUGAUCCUCAACUAUCUAACAUCCGUCAGUUAGUCCAACAAAGAUUAAAGUCAAUGCUGGAAAACGGUGAUCUAGACAAAGCAGCGGUGCAUAAUUUGACACCGGAUAUAAAGGAGUUAGGAAUGCUUCUAAAAAAAAGAAUACAAAGUGAGAAGAAGAGAAAAAUGCAUAAAAAUAAGAAAAAUAAAAAAAAGAAAACAUCAACAUAUUUUUUGAAAGAAUCAGAAAUGAAAGCGCAUAAAAAUUUUAACAAGAUGAGAAAACCUAGUACUGAGGAAAAUGUUCUUAAUAAAGAAAUAAGUUCGCUUCAAAAUAAUAUUGCAGCUAUAAAUAAACCUGCAAAUAUCCAUGAAAUGGCUAAUUUACACCACACAACAUCUUCUGUUCCGUCAUUGACAGUACAUCUAGCGCAUAAUACUACCAUAUCCAGCCAAAGUAAUCAAAUGAAAAACUUGCUGACAACAUUAAAUAGAAAACUUGGUGAAAUAUAUGCUAAAGCCAGUGGAGUGCGCCCUAAUCCACCUCACACAGUACAGGCUUACUCAGUGGCUCAACCGCAUGCUCUUCCUAUUUCUUCACCAAAACAUUUAGGAAGUCAGCACCUAAAUACUAAUAACUAUACUAUAACAAGUUUUCAAAAACCUUCCUACAAAGAACCUCUACCAAAACCUAUUGUUAUACCUACUACGUUUGUUCAGACACCAAUCGAUAACCUUGCACAAAGUCUAACGCACAAUUCACAUUACAACCAUCCAGCAAUAAAAGGUCAUAUUUAUCCCCAACAAGCUGAGCUUCCUCCUGCGUUACCUCAAGAGCCAGACUUUGAUGAAACAGAUUUUAAUCCACAAAGACCUUUAGCGGACAACGAACCAGUGGAUACUUUGGUGGAAAACCUUGAGAGAGAUAUUACUGAAGUAUGGUCUUACAGAAACAUGUUUCCUGAUGCAGAGGCACUUGGGCUUGAUAAUGACAAAGUUCAUAAUACUUACGCAAAUCUUGGCUCUUUGUCUGGUCUAAAUUUACGACGAGCGUUAAAUCGUGCACUUCGUGGUGAAGAUGUCGGUCUUGCAGUUGUUGGGGGGUCAAUAUCAAAAGGAGGUCCUUUUAGUGAAAAAGGUCUUGAUUUUGUUUUAAGAUCCUACUUUUAUGCAAUUGAAGACUAUUGGAACAAAAUUAUUAGGCCAGUAACUGGUUCUUCAAUGAUAAUACGCGAUGUUUCUAUUGGUGGAAUUGCCACAGAUUACUAUUCUUAUUGUUUACACAACCACCUUCCAAAUGAUAAGUUAACAAAUAUUGUUUUAUGGGAAUUAUCAGCAAAUGACAUGCGCAGAUAUGACGAUAAUCAAAGACCUAAGCCACAACCUUUAGAGCAGUUUACUAGAAACGUUUUGUCGUACAGAGCAAAACCAGCUCUGGUGUUUUUAAACUUUUUCGCUUUGUUUGAGUGGGAUCCGGAUCUUUCAGCACAUUGUCGAAACUUUGAAGAUGAGGGUGAAGACGAUAUUGCUAAGUAUUACAAAAUUACUUCGUUAAGUUGGAGAAAUAUGGUGUGUCCGUUAUUGGCAAGUGGAACUAAUCCUUUAUUUACAAAAAGCAAGCUUUUUGCAGAAGACAAUUUUCACCCAAGUAUUUUGGCGCACGCCCAAAUGUCUUAUAUUGUUAUCGACUAUAUUCGAACAGAGUUCUUAAAAAAUUUAGUCAAAAUGAGGAAUACAAAUAUUGCAGAUGCUGUUACAAGACUUCAAAUACCACGAACAAUUUAUAUUCCAAGACCAAUAUUUCCUCAAACUUAUACGUGGAAACCUCUUUGUCAUACUUAUAUGUUAGUAGACAAUAGGUCUCCAAACAACACGUUACCUCUUGAUGAAGAAAAUGACGGAAGCUUUCGUUAUUCAAUUGUUCGUGAGUUCAAAAUACGUUCUGAUAAAAUUGUUGGAAUGGAUACUCAACAAAAAGAUCAGUAUAUUAGAUACAAAAUUCACAUUCCACGCCAUUCAGAUGGUUCAAUGAUACCAUAUAAACGUUUAGGAAUAAUGUCUUUUACAGAUGAUCGUUCUGCAUUUGCUCAGUUUGAUGGGGAACCCCCUAAGGAAUUACAAACAAAGAAAAAAUUUUUAGAAGGAACUGUAAUUAAAUAUCUUGCAGAAAACGUUGUUCCGGGCGAACAUUUAAUGACAAUACGUUCUGGAAAUAAUGGAUUUCUAAUAUGUGCAAUUGUACUAGGUUAAGAAAAAGCCCAUACGUUUUUGAAGAUAUGAAAAGUUCAUAAUAAAUGUAAAAAUUAAAAACUGAAUAUUGAACCAAAAAUUAUCAAAUAGACUUCCUAAUAAUACGAUCUUUCUUAAUUUUCUGUUUAAUAAUUGGAAAAAUACGUGUGACGUGAUACGUAACACGUAUCAUUGCUAUGAUCGUAUACGAUUGCAAAAGGAGAGUCCAAACCAUAAUAAUCAAUUUUGAACAUAUCAAAAAGUAUUUUUUAUACGUUAUUAGUGAGCGAUAAUUAACGAUUUAGUGAGAUAAACGCGAAUAAUACUCACUAGCUUCUAGCUUGUUUGCAGAGAUUAGCAACUUAGAGGGGCGUUUUCUGUUUAAAAAAUUUUUCACUUGGCUAAUUCACAAACAUUAAAAAUAUUUUUUUCAGACCACACACAUGAUGAGAAAUAACGUAUUUUUUUAGGUCCACCAUAUUUUCAUCUGAAAUAUACGCAAAACCUUUUCAAGGUAAUAUAUAGCCUUUCUGUACUUAUAUAUAAACCUUACACUA